UCAGCAUCAGUAACAGCAUCAGCAUCAGUCAUCAGUCAUCAGCAUCCGAAUCAGCAUCAGUCAUCAGCAUCGUAGAACGUACUAUGGACCGCUAUCGUCCGCAUCGUGCGUGCAGAUGUGCUAGUCUGUGAACGUAUCACGUCCGCGAAGACAACGAAGCCUCGAUACGAGAUCUCCGUUGCAACUUCUACGCAAGGCUACGUCAUUGCGACGAACACCCGCCCGUACUGAAGUUGGCCCACGGAGCAACCGUCGGCGGAACAGAUAUACAAGCAUGUCAGUGGAUAAAGAACUAGGAGCGAGUAGCGAAGUUCAGCCUGCAGCGGAGAGCAUUGUGUUGAUGAAUAUCACGCGGAAUUCUACGGCCGAUGCUAGCGAAGCGAAGGAUGUAGUUUUAUCGCUUGCCAUAGCCUGGACGCUGUUCGUCCUCAUCGUCUGCGGUAAUGCUGCCGUCCUCGUCGCCAUGUAUCUUGCCAAGAACCGAAAGUCACGAAUGAAUUUUUUCAUCACGCAACUCGCGCUGGCGGAUAUGUCGGUGGCUAUGCUCAACGUUCUACCGGACAUCAUUAAUAGACACACGAUAGUUUUCUACGGUGGCAAUCCAAUAUGCAAAAUUAUCAAAUACCUGCAGUUUCUGACGAUAUUUGCUUCGGAUUAUGUCCUAGUGGCACUAAGCAUCGACAGAUUCGAUGCCAUCUGUCGACCAAUGAACUUCUCUAGUAGCGGUCGACGGGCUCGCAUAUUGGUGUGCCUCGCCUGGGGACUCAGCGCUGCCUUCUCGGCCGCGCAGAUCUUCGUGUGGCAGAUUAGGGAUUUUAGCACGCACGCCCAGUUGGACUAUCUCGGCACGCAGUGCUGGAACAUACUGCAGUCGUCGGACAACAUUCGCGUGAUCCGACUGUAUUUGUUCAUGAACGCCGUAGCGGCCUUCAUCGUUCCGGCCCUUAUCAUCAUGGCCUGCUACACGAUUAUCGUUGUGACGAUAUGGCGCAAAGGCAAAAUGCUGUCGGCACCGUCUCACCAGGCUAGCGGGUUGUCGCUCAGGAGCGUGCGAGGGAAAGAAGCGACCUGCACCAGCUGUGACGUUUCUCUUCUAGUUUUCAUCAUAUGUUGGAGUCCGUACUUCUUUUACGACCUCCUGGACGUCUACGGAAAGUUACCAAACUUUGAUGUAAAAGUCAGCGGAUUGGUUCAGGCUCUCGCGCCUUUGAAUUCUGCCGCAAACCCACUCAUAUACUGUCUCUUUAGUACCAAACAUCGCGGCAGCUACGGCGAAUAGCUUGGAUCGACUGGGUCGCACGCCAUAUCUUCUGCCUGCCCGAGCGAAUUGAGCGUCGGCGGCAAUCGAGCACGCACACCGACUACACAUCCGUCACCGACGCCGAGACACUGCGCAUGUCCCGUAGCACGACCGGUAACAAACCCGGAGCGAAGCCGACGGCGUCGAACAACCAGGUGUAUAAAGCGCCGUCUAGCGGCAAGCACGUGAAUUUCGGAGGGGGCGACAACAGUAGCCAGUCGGCCGUGUGACAAGCAGCGACGACGACGAUGAUGACGACGACGACGACAACGACGACGUUGACGACGACGGAUGCGGUGUGAUCAAGCAUGUCCUUUUAACGCGCGGAUGGUUACUUCGCUAGCGGUUACGAGGCGCGCGUGUGUGUGCGUGCGCGUCCGGUGUUCAUUUUUUUCUUCACCAACACCUCCCCCGGGCGCUAGCCAGUAAGACGCACGCGAGGAAAAAGAGAUGAAAUAAGAAAAAAAACACUGGCGCGCAGUUAUCCUUAUGAGACAACAUCGCGAUAUAUAGUUUACGCUUGUGAUCUUGAAUGUCGUGUGGGAUCAAUAUUGUGGUCGUCCGCCGAGCAGCAAACGGGUGUAUAGUUUCACCGCACAAUGCGGGAUAUAGUUGAUGCUGCUACGCACGCCGCUAUCGCCAAAUGUCUAAACGUUGGUGUUGUGUAAAGGGCCGGACACACUAGGCGAUUUUAUCGGGCGACUCAGUCGGGCGACUCAAUCGCCGGUGA